AUGACGGACAUUCAUACUAGUAGCCUGGGUCUGCUUAUGGAAAGUUGGCACGCCUUCCAACCCGAGAAUAUGGCCAUGGACGGCGCCCAAUUGCCUCGUGAUCAGUGGCAAGAGACGGUCACCCGGAUUGUGAUUCUUACAGAAGCUAUUCUUCAGCAGGCAAUCAACCAGUCAAAUGUGGGGGGCUUUGAGGAACGGGUGUUCACGACCCUCGAAGAGGACCAGGCCGGUAUACACACGCUGGGCAAUGGUCUGUACUCUACGCAAACUCCAGCGGAUUUGAUUCAGCGGCUGGUUUCCGUCCUUCGUGAUCAAUUGCCAGGGCACAGAUCUUCGAUGUCAACCUUUGUCACUUUGCAUGGGCGCCCGUCGAGAGUGACUCGGUAUUGGAUCCCAGUCUCGCUGGCGGUCCUGUCGGGCAGUGCGUCCCUGGAGUUCUUGGCCCAGCGACAGGACCGGAUCCUACAAUGGAUCAUGGAUCUCGGUGCCACUAUCAUCGACUUUGGCGGCAACUGGGUGGUGGACCCCAUUCGUAAACUAAUCGGAACCAUUCGACACGACGAGAAAAGUGAAAUUGCCAUCAUGAGCAAGAACAGCUUACUGGCUGACCGGGCCAGUCUGGAGCGGAUGGUCAUUGAUUUUGUCAAUGACCGUCCAGACACCAGCCAAGGGCAACCGCCCGUGGAAGACACAACGGCCAUUGCGAACGCGGUCAAGGAAGGGGACUUGACUCCAGUCCUCAAAGCCUAUGAGCGAGAUCUCCGGUCACCCUUUAUGGGUACCAUUCGUGGAGAUUUAGUGCGCGCUCUUUUGAUCCAGAUCCAGAAGACCAAGGUCGACGUUGAAAUCGCCAUCAGCGGCAUUGAUGCUCUCCUGAAGAGCCAAGAGCUUGUCUUUGGUUUCGUUGGUCUUACCCCUGGAAUUCUGGUCUCCUAUGCCACUUUACGCUGGCUGAUCGGGCUCUUUGGCAACCGCCGAGGUCUGCAAAGGGGGAAGAAACGACAUGAGCUUCGUCGGGGUCUGAGGAAUGUUACGCGUAUCCUCACAUCUGCCCGGUCGUCCGAUGGGAUGAUGUCCUACAAGGAAUCAGGUCGACUCAUCUGUGAAGCCGAGGCCCUUCUCCAGAAGAUCAAGCUAGUCCUGGGGGGUAUUCAAUACCAGGAGUUCCGAGAGGAUGUUCAAGACCUGCUCGACGUCCAGAGCGGCGUUGACAAGCAGCUACGGGUUGUAGAGAGGAUGAGAUGGGCAUACUUCCAAUAA